GUGACGUCAUCUAUAUUUCUAAGCGGAAGUUGAAAAGAUCAACGCUAUCUAUCAAAUAGAAUCUGUUGUCAUCCUGCUGCAAAUAAGAUUCUUUUUUAAAUAUUUACCCAAUUUGUGAACACAAAAACGUUUUUAUGACCACUAUCGACAAAUCGUUUGGUGCUUCUUUUGAUCCAUUCAAGGAAGCAUCAACAGAUGAUUCAAAUGCGGGUGUACAAGAAAGUUUAAUACACAUUAGAAUCCAGCAAAGAAAUGGGAGAAAGACGUUAACUACAGUACAAGGAAUCUCGACAGACUAUGACCUGAAAAAAAUUGUCAAGGCUUGUAAAAAGGAAUUUGCAUGUAAUGGUACUGUUGUGGAGCACCCAGAAUAUGGGGAGGUUAUCCAGCUGCAGGGUGAUCAAAGAAAUCAUAUUAAAGACUUCCUGAGAAACAUAGGAAUUGCAAGAGAGGAGCAGUUAAAGGUAAUGUAUUUACGUCAGUCCUGUAGGGGCAGGCUGGUAAUCAAGUAACACAUAACUAUCUAAAAAUGUUAUGUGUGUAGGACAAAUCGGCAUCAAAAAGUGGUGGAAGAAUUUUGUGUUUCUGUUACAGGGAGAGCUAAGAUUUUUGCCCCCUUGCUUCUGGGGAGGCAGAGCAACACUCGCAGAGUUCUAGUCCUUGAAAUCUUUUGGUCCUGUCGGCAAGUCCGAUUGAUUCAGUUCUGUGUCAGUCCAAAUGACCAGUAGUUGUCGACAGAACAACUAUCAUAAAUCUGACUAAAUCUCGUUCCAAUUCUCUAAGACCCAUAAACUCGUAAUCUGUUAAAUGCUUUUCUAUAGGUUAUCUGUAACGCAAAGGCCAAACAAUAAUCGAUAAACAACAUGUGGCCUAUAGGUAUCGGGCCGUUGUUUAUUGUCAUAAUUUAUGACUAUAUAACAUUUAUAUGGGGAAAUCCAUUAAAAUCGCCCGCCUCAUUAGAAUUAUUUCUGCUGGAAAAUUUUUAUUGACAACAUUUUUUUAGAGUUUUUUUUUUUUUUUUGUUGUUGUUUUUUUGUUCCAUCGGUAAAGAAGUUCGUAAUUUUGAUCAUCAAUGAAUUACUCGUCUUUUUUAAAUAUCGGGUUUGACAUCCACUUUAAUUAGUCGAAUCAGUAAAACACUUUUUUCUACGAAUUAUUUAGAAGAUCGUCGUUAACAAGCAGUUGCCGCCAAAAUGUCCUCAGCACGAUGUGUAAAACAUCCAGCUAAGGAGCCAAAUAUUGCUUUGUGUGUUUCUAUACACAUAUGAUGUGAAAGUCGGCAAUAUGAGUUACGGUUUUAGUCUUCAAAAUACUUGGAAGGAGAUCGCAAGCGAAUUGAAAGAAACUCCGAUAUGUCAGAUGUUAUGGGCAGUAUCAGCCAAAGUUACAAAGAUCUGAUGUGCUUGAAGUCGAAUUGCACAGUGCACAUGGAGUUUGCAUACUAUGCUGAUGCAGCAGUGAGCUAAAGGCAUAAGAAAAGAUUUAUGCUUUUACUGUGCAUCAGCUGAUGCUGGUUUUAAAGGACCAAAAUUUAUACAGAAAUUCUGUAGGGCUCUCGCAGUCCGUGCUGAUUGUCUUGUCAAAGGGUUAAAGAUUUUCGAAAAGCAAUCCUCUGAAAUAGACUGAUGAAAUUGUUAGGAACUGUAAUCUUUUUCACCCUUUUUUUUUAUGGCUUGAUUGUUUCAGAAUUAAAAGGAAAAAAAUAUCUGUUGGGGAAAAUAAAUCUGUUUACUGUUUUAUAUUGUGACUUAUUAUAAACAAAAGACCAGAAGAGCUGAAAUUUACAUGAAAGGUUCCUGACAUAGUGCAGAUUCAAGUUUGACAAAAUCCCUACCCCUGGGGGUAGUUUGGGGCAACAAUAGGGGAUCAAAGUUUUACAUACAAAUAUAUAGGGAAAAUCUUUUUAAAAUCUUCUCGUUAAGAACCACUGUGCCAGGAAAGUAUAAAUUUACAUGAAAGCUUCCUGACAUAGUUCAAAUUUAAAUUUGUUAAAAUCAUGACCCCUGGGGGUAGGGUAGGGCCAUAAUAGGGGAUCAAAGUUUUACAUACAAAUAUAUAGGGAAAAUCAUUAAAAAUCUACUUUUAAAGAAUCUCUAAGCCAGAAAUCAAGAACUAUUGGGCCAAAGAAAUUUACAUAGUGCAGAUUCAAGUUUGUAAAUAUCAUGGUCCCUUGGUGUAGGUUGGGGCCACAAUAGGGAUCAAAGUUUUACAUGCGAAUAUAUCGGGGGGAAAUCUUAAAAUUUGGGCCAAGAUGACUUAGGUUAGCGAUGUGACCCAUGGGCCACUUGGUUGGGGGGUGUCUUUUAUUUGAAAAAUAUUUCCUUUGUAAAUAAGUAAUUUUUACAAAUUACACAAAUUUUCCCUAUCGGGGAAUUCUAAUUCAUUUUGAUUGGAUAGUUUCUGGUGUUGUACCUAUAAAAUUUGUCGCCAGUGUAAAACUUAGCCAGGUAUAAAGAUGAAGUCAGAUACCCAAAAAGUCAUUUGUCAUUUUUAAGGUAUAUGUGCAUUAUUAGUAAUAAAAAAAAAAUUAUGUUGAAAACCAGACCCAAAUACUGUCGGUAUGAUAAACUAUGAAAAAUUAUACAAUUUGACAAUUUUGCCAAAUUAUAUAUACAUGUAUUAAAGGAAAACUGGUCUACUCAAUGUAAGGAGAAAACAGUUCAACCGUUGCAUUUGGUUCAAUAUGUAUGAAUUCAAACCAACAUUGCACAUUGAAACCAGACGUACUGUGUAUUUAGCAGCUCUUGUAAAACUACAUUAUCUUGAUUUUAUUUUAAAAUAUUCGAUAUUAUAAUAGUGUUUGACUUUUUUCUUUCAGGUUCAUGGUUUCUAAGUUGUUUCCAGUUAACCUCCUUUGAAUGUAUUUCAUCUGUCAUGAUUUCCUGGACUUCAUCUCGUUACUCAAAAGUACAAAUUGAAGAACAGCAGUGUGUGAAAGUUUUUAGAUACCUACACGAUGUUCAUAUUUGUGAAAGUUUUGUAGACAUGUGUAAAAAGAUUAUUUAUUUAGGAUAUGCAACUUAACAAAUCUGGUUGUACAAUUGCUGUACUAUGUAUGGUUGAAUUUUCAUCACUGAUUUGUGUUUACAUUUACAUGUAAAUAUUACUAUUUCAUGAAUAAACUUUUAGAAAUGAU